AAAUAUUCAUUUCAUGAUCUGAUUAUUUCCCAAAAAAAUAAAAUUAUAAUUUUCGCAAUUUGUUUAAGUGAACAACUGAAAAAUCAACUUAUGAACAAUACUCCACAAUUCAAAAAAAAGAAAUAUAUUUCAUGGUAACUGGAAGUGAUGUUGAUAUAGCUAACAUGCACUUGUGGCUCAUGUGCAUCCUAAUCUCUUCAUAAAAGGCUUACUUGUCAUAUUCUCAUUGGUUGCUACAGAUUCAACACUUUGCCAUGUCAGCUUUAUUCAUCUCAUCCAUCAACAAAACAACAAUUUGAACUAAAAUGAAUUUACUUUUAUGUCUGUAGUUUGUCUAAUCUACCUGAUCGAUAACGAUAAGAAAAGUUUCCAUCGUUGCUUAAAAGCAAAAACUAAAAUACCAAAAGAUAAAAAAAUUAAAAUAGUAAAAAUAAAUAGACAAGAUCUGUGAAUCUUACCCACGUCAGGUCACAGGUCCUACAGAGAACGCUACAAUAGGAAGAGAUGUUUACACUUAGGGAAGAUUGCUUGGUCUAGAUUUGUUCUCCUUUGUGAUUGAUAUGAGAAAAAACUUUUUUGAUGAUUAAUGAAACCACAAGAUGAUCCAACCACUUUUAACAACCACUAACUCUGCGCCACGUGUACAUCUCCAAAGAUUCUAUCUCUCCCCUCUCAGUCUCACCACCAAGAUAUAGUCUCAUUAGCCUUGCCUCCUUUCUAAUUACAAUCUCUCCUUUUGCCAAUAAUCAUUGCUUAGAAAAAACACAUUGCUUCUUCUUAGUAAUAAUGUUGAAAGAAGAGAGUAACGAGAGUGGUACUUGGGCACGAGCAUGUGACACUUGUCGUUCAGCCGCCUGCACUGUCUACUGUGAAGCUGACUCUGCCUACUUGUGCACCACCUGUGAUGCUCGAGUUCACGCAGCCAACCGUGUUGCUUCUCGCCAUGAACGUGUUCGUGUCUGCCAGUCAUGUGAGUCUGCCCCGGCUGCGUUUUUGUGUAAAGCAGACGCUGCGUCUCUUUGCACAGCUUGUGAUGCUGAGAUUCAUUCCGCAAACCCACUAGCUAGACGUCAUCAACGAGUUCCGAUUCUGCCAUUAUCUGCAAACUCUUGCAGCUCCAUGGCUGCAAGCGAAACUGAUGCAGAUAACGAUGAGGAUGACCGAGAGGUGGCUUCGUGGUUACUGCCUAAUCCAGGGAAAAACAGCGGUAAUCAGAACAAUGGGUUCUUGUUUGGUGUUGAGUACCUUGAUCUUGUGGAUUACAGCUCCAGCAUGGACAACCAAUUUGAAGAUCAUCAGUACAGUCACUACCAGAGGAGCUUUGGAGGAGAUGGAGUUGUGCCACUUCAAGUUGAAGAAUCAACAAGUCACCUUCAACAAAGCCAACACAACUUUCAGUUGGGUAUCAACUAUGGCUUCUCCUCAGGAGCUAACUACAACAACAACUUCUUAAAGGACCUAAACCAUAGUGCAUCCGUUUCAUCAAUGGACAUCAGUGUUGUGCCAGAGUCAACAGCAAGUGACAUAACAGUCCAACACCCAAGAACAACUAAAGAGACGACAGACCAACUAGCUGGUCCUCCUACUCAGGUGGUGCAGCAGCUUACUCCAAUGGAGAGGGAGGCUAGGGUCCUGAGAUACAGAGAGAAGAAGAAGACGAGGAAAUUUGACAAGACAAUAAGGUAUGCUUCAAGAAAGGCAUAUGCAGAGAUAAGACCACGGAUCAAGGGCCGAUUUGCAAAGAGGAUAGAAAUUGAAGCUGAGGCUGAAGAAAUCUUCUCAACAUCGCUAAUGUCUGAGACUGGAUAUGGAAUUGUUCCUUCCUUCUGAACUCGUUUGGCGAAGAUGGACUAGAUUGCAUGCUGUAAAUUACUUCUAGUUUGUAUUUCUACAAGUUUUUACCACAGUUUCGCAUAUGGAUCCAAUAGUUUUGUGACUUUUGUCUAACUAUUACGAGUUUAAUCAGAUAUGUUUCUAUAGCUGCAGUUGUUUAA